AUGAACAAUCACAGAUAUAAUGACUAUUACUUGGUGAACGAUGAGGAUUUCGCUAAUGAUGACGACAGCGUUGAACUAAUGCCUACCAAAAGACGUAAAGUGAAAAGGGUCUUUUGUAUUUUGGUUGUUGUUUUUAGUGGGUUGCUGGUUCUGGGAUUUCUCGCUGCGUUCGUUGGACUACCUUUGGUUUUUAAGUUCUCACUGGCUUUGCAACAAUCCUUGAUCUUUACCCGAUUUGGUCUUCAAACAAAUGCAACGUAUUAUGGCAAUUUCCGGCUGCCAGAAUACAAGAACCACUAUGUACCAGUAAUAGAUGUGGAUAACAAGACAACCUUAAAGUUGGGGCUGUGGCACAUCCUCCCGCUAGAUCUUGCAGAGAUUUCGUUUUACAAUGAAUCGUACGACUUUGACAAAGUUCUGAAACACAGCAACUAUAGUGUCCUGCUGUAUUUCCAUGGCACCGGUGAAGACCGCAGUCAGAGCUGGCAGAAAUACCAAUUGCUAAGAAGCUUUUUCCACGUCAUUGCUUUCGAUUACAGAGGUUACGGCGACUCCCAGCCAGGUGAGAUGCUUGAGAACAACGUGGUUAAUGACUGCGUCCAAGUGUACAAAUGGCUCCAGAACAGAACAGAGAGCCCCAUUUAUAUAUGGGGCCACUCAUUGGGUGCAAAUCUGGCUACGAGCACCGUGGCUCGGCUAGACCAAAAUGCCAACUUAACUGGACUCAUUUUGGAGGCAGCCUUUACCAGUUUGACCGAUGAAUUGUAUUUUCAUCCUUACGUGAAGUAUCUUAAGUGGCUGCCUUGGUUUUGGGAUACUGUCGUCAAACCUCUGCAGCAUAAUGGAUUCCUAUUUGAUACCACUAAACAUAUUGAAAUGGUGCAGUGUCCUAUACUGUUUCUCCAUGCUAAAGAUGAUGAAAUUGUGCCGUAUUUUAUGAGCCAAGCCUUAUAUACCGCCUCGAAAAAACGAAAUGUCUCUGAAUGGGUGCUAAACGAUACGAAGCUUGUUCUAUUCAAUGCCAAGAUUGGACUGAAUCACUAUUUUAUUUAUCGGGACUCUUUCACAUUUUUCCACAUACUGGAUUUUCUGAAUCAUUGCUCCCAGAACCUGCAACUCUCACUUGAAGGCUCACAUCAAAGUUAACGAGGGGCUGUGAUAAAAAUGAAAAAUUAUUAAUAUAUUUUAUUAUAUUGUUAAUAAAUGGCAAAUCAUAGAUUUUAUGAGCAAGUUUUCAAAUAAUGACUGCUUGCUCAUCUUAGGUUCAGUCGCCAAUUUGUGUACAGAUUAAAAGCAAAAAGUGAUCAUGUUUUAUGUUGUGAAGAGCAAAAUAUAGCCGUUCUAUGUCAAAAUAGCUUAAAGUCAAACACGUGCUAUCUGUCAAUUUAAAUUGUUUCCACAGAAUAUUCCCCAGGGGGAUGUUCUGUGAUUGUUUCUAGCAUCACAGUAAGACAGACGUAGAAUACUGUUUAUACCUGACAAUUUUGACCAACAACAUAACCAAACCAAGAAAGCGCUAUGAGUUUAUUUAUCAAGCUCCUAAAAUUGAGGAACUACGCUUCGGUCAGUGUACUUAGAUGGCGAAACAUUGGCCAGACUUCGUUGGAUGUUAAUACAAAUGUAAUCAAGGAUGUGAUAUUGUACAAGUCCAAUAAUGACCGAUUCUUUAAAAUGGUAAAUUUCUUCGGUAUUGCCCAGUUCGGUUUUUGGACGUAUUUAUCCUUAACGGCGUACCAGACCUUAAAGGAUAUCCCCGUCAGUCAAUCGACUGAAUCGGUAUGGUGGAGAAAAAUUAAUUUUGGAGAGAACAGAUGGAGAAACAGUCUCACAAUAAUAUCGUUUCUCAUAGGGUGGGGUAUUCUAGCAGUAUCCUGGCUAUAUACCUUGAGAGCCGUCAAGUAUUUGAUACUGAGGAAAGGGGGCCAACAAGCCACCAUUGUAACAUACACACCAUUAGGCCCGAAUAGAAUGUUCACAUUAGACCUCGCCAACGUGAGUUCCACUCAGUCCAGGACGGCUGCAACAUCGUUUAUACCGUUGAAAGUAAAGGGACACUGGUUUUACUACAUGAUUGAUAUGAAAGGUGAAUUCAGAAACACAGUGCUUUUCGACCACACUGCUGGAUUAAAACGAGUUUGGCAAAAUUGAACCCUAUCAAGUAAAGCAGAGACACAGAUGUAUGCAUUUUAAGGAGUGGCGGAUAAAAACGCAUUUGUGGUAAAAAUUUUGCAGACAGUGAAGCGGUAGGAAAUGUGGAAUCAUUCUUGUGGAGCGUAAAUAAACGUUCGACUCGUUA